UUUGUUUUCUUACUGUUUUUAUUUACUUUUUUUGUAUUUUAGAGUUAGUAAAGUAAUUUCUGUAAUAGAAUAUGUACGAAUUAUUGAAAUACUAAAAUAAUUCUGUUGUACGAAGGUUAUUUGGUGCUGUAUAUUGUUGUAUAUUCAGGGAUAUAAAUCAGUGAAUUAACAAUGAGUGACUAUCCUGAUCCUGAUGAAGAAUAUGAGUUGAUGUAUGCUGAUGAACUAGAAUUAUUGCAGGAGCAAGAGGACCAUUCAGGUGGAAAUGUAGUCAGAAACAAGCCAUUUCAAGCGAAAAGGAGUCUUGAUUUCUCCAGUCCUAUCACUAAAAAGCCUCCUGAUAUAGUUCAAUUAGAUAAUAGUGUUAGUGAUGAUCAGAUAUCCUCAACACCGGCUUUAGAACCCGUGGAAGACCUGUUGACGCCAGAAAAUGCAUCUCUUGGUAAUAAAAGAACAGUAGAAGAUUUAUUUGGGGAUGUAGGAGACAUAGACUUUAAUGAGUUACAAUUACCAAGUAAGAAGCAGAAGACGGAGGAGGAGAAUGACUUGGAGUUGAUAGACCGGAUCAUUGAGGGCAGGAAGUUGCGGCAGCUGCUGUUGGAGCCUUCAAGCAGGCUGGCAGCUGACAGACCAGCCUAUGACCCCAAAGAGAACCUCUCUUUGGAUAUACCUAGAUGGGCCUUUAUGCCUCUUACGAAGCCAGAUGGAGAGAGGAUUUAUGUGAAGCUGGAGUCUGAAGAGUCAUGGGACAGCUCACUGGACAUUCCACCCGAACAGAUGUCACUGCGUGCCACAUACUCUAGCACUUGGGAGGAAGCCAGGAAAAUUUUGGAAGCUAAGCAGCAACAAGCAACCCAGCCAGAGGAAGUCAUCCCUCAGGCGGAAGUAGACCCUGAGACUAACCUCUGGGUGGACAAGUACCGUCCUGAGUCCUACUUGGACUUGCUCUCUGAGGAGCCUGUUAACCGAGCUCUAUUGCAUUGGUUACAUCUGUGGGAUAAGGUGGUAUUUAAAAAGGAAGUGAAGACCAAAGAACCUCAACAACGCACCAGCUUCAGUAAACGGACUGGACAGUUCCAGCUGUUUAACAAGUGGCGCGGCAAGCGUGAGGCGGAGCCCGAGGUGGACGAAGACGGUCGCCCGCACCAUAAGGUGGCCCUGCUGUGUGGGCCUCCAGGUGUCGGCAAGACGACACUCGCACAUCUACUGGCUCGCCUCGCGGGAUACAGGCCAGUGGAACUGAACGCAUCGGACGAACGAAGCACGGACGCGUUCCGAAAUGCAUUGCAGAGCGCGACUCUUAUGAGAUCUGUACUGGACGUAGAUAAGAGACCUAACUGUUUAAUUCUGGAUGAAAUAGAUGGCGCUCCUUUACCGACAGUGGAGCUGCUGGUCAAGUGGUGUACGGCUACGGCAGCUGACAGCAAGAAGAAGGGCAAAGCGACCGCUCACCCGCUGCGGAGGCCUGUUAUUGCGAUAUGCAACGAUCUUUAUGCUACCUCGCUUAGGCCACUCAGGCCAAUAGCGCUCGUGGUGCACGUGUCCGGCGUGUCGCUCCCGCGCCUCACGUCGCGCCUGUCGCACGUGUGCGCGCUGUCGGGGCUGCGGGUCAGCACGCACGUGCUGGCGGCCCUGGCGGCGCGGGCGCAUCCGGACGUGCGGGCCGCCAUACACCUGCUCAGCUUCUUCAAGGCGAGGAAUAAGGAACAGUUAACAAUGGAAGAUGUAGAGAAUGCGGCGAUAGGCACGAAGGACUGCUCGCGUACUAUGAUGCAGGCGCUACAGGCCAUCUUUACCAUAGACAACAAGAAUCCUGAUGUGAUGAAGAUUGUCCAAGCCGCCGGGGAGUAUGAUCGCUUGAUGGACGGUAUAUUCGAAAACUAUCUCUCUGCUCGGGUCGACGCGCGGCUCCACAUCGCCUGCGAGACCCUCUCGUGGCUGAGACUGUAUGACAGCGUAGCUGCGUGGACGCAACGCACGCAGAACUACUCUCUGUAUGGGCUAUUGCCGAUGUGUGCGUUGCGAUGUCACAGCGUACUCGCACAGCGGGCGGCGCCACGGGUUAAGUUUCCUACGCAGGCGCAAGAGAUGUACAGAAAGAAGAUGGAACUUGAAAGCAUAGUGCACUCAGUAUGGCGGGGGUCGACCGCCGCGGUGACCACCACCAGGACCCGGCUGCAGUUGGAUAUAUUGCCCCUACUGCCCCAUCUAUUGGCACCACACCUGCGGUCUGCUAAUGUCCAGCUGUGCAGUGAGAGCGAGCGCAGGUCGCUCCGCACAUGCGCGGGCGCAAUGUGCGACUACGGGCUGCAGUACGUGCAGCAGCGUACGCCCGACGGCCUGUACGCCUUUACGCUGGAGCCAGACGUAUAUAAACUAGCCUUUUUUGGCAAUGAAGAGCGUGUGCGACCGCCUCCAGCGAUACGUCAGGCGUUAGCGCGCGAACAACAAUUGGAGAUGAUCCGUCGAGCAGAGGAGAUGGCCAGCAGAGUAACUCCAAGAACCACGUCGGAAGCAGACAAAUCAAAAACUACAAGGAAAGGUGCGGACCCGAAAGACACCAAAGAGACGCGUAUACCUAACCACCUGCAAAGACUCAAUCCUAAAGCCAUCGAGAAAACACCACAGGUUCACAAAGACUUCUUCGGCCGCAUCGUCCCGCUCUCUCAAGUACAACGAGUAGACGCGGUGCCAGAUGUGAUAUCAUCGAGCAGUGUGUUCUACCAGUACAGGGAAGGUUUCAACAACGCCGUGCGCAGGAAUGUGCGCACCAAAGACAUGUUAUAGCGAUAAUAGUCACCCGACUUGA